UUCAUGAUCACUUGGUCAGAGGUGAAUAGAUCACCACAUGAAUAAAUAAUCGCCAAGGGUUAAUCUCAAAUGCAAUAAGCAAAAUUCAUAGCAGUUGUAUCCUUAGCUCUACUUUGGGUGGUCAGUCAAAAUCAGAGAAAAUGGCUUCAAAGUUAGUUAUUGCAGUUAUCCUAUUCUGUGCCGUAUCGGCCUACGCAAAGAAAGUGGAAGAGGCGUAUUUAUAUCAUGGGCGCAUAAUUAAAACUGUGAGAGACGUCAAGGAUGAUGACAAGAGAAGUAUUCCAGGAGACAAGAAAGAGGAAUCAGCCGGAAAAAGAUUCUUCUGUGGUGCUAGUUGUGCGCCAUCAUGUGCACCCGUAUGUGCUCCAUCUUGCUGUGCAGCUCCACCACCACCCCCACCUAUGAUGAUUCCCUGCCCACCACCCCCACCACCACCAUGCCCAAUGCCAUGCCCACCACCAGCAAUUCCAGGACCCCCAGGACCUCCAGGACCCCCAGGAUGCUGUGGUGGACCAGGAUCUCUUGGACCUCCAGGACCAAUUGGACCCCCAGGAUGUGGUGGCCCCAUGGGACCAAUGGGACCAAUGGGACCAGCAGGAGCCCCAGGAAUGCCCGCCCCACCAGCAGCACCAUGCCCACCCAUCUGUCUCCACUUCCAAGCUCUCCUUCGUCAAGCACCCCCACCAGCACCCGUGUGCCCAACUCAAUGUGCACCCAUGUGCUGUGCCCCACCACCACCACCACCUCCACCAGUCUGUGCUCCAUCAUGUGCUCCAACAUGCUGUGGCAAAUAUGGCACCUGUAAAUUUGCAGAUGGCAUGGGAAUUUACGCGAUGGUGGUAGAGCUGGUGGGAUUGUUGGUGGAAGAGCUGGCGGGAUUCAUGGCGGUAGAGCUGGUUGGGGUGGGUUGUGGCUCUGGUAGUGAUCGAGGGACACUUAGGGACUUACGCCAAAAACGAUUCUUCUGCGGUGAUGGAUGCGAUGUUGGUUGUGCCCCUGACUGUUCACCGAUGUGCUGUGGAGCCCCACCACCAAUGCCAGCUCCUUGUGCCCCACCACCUCCUCCUCCACCACCACCACCGCCACCACCAAUUCCAGGCCCACCAGGUCCCGUAGGACCACCUGGUUCACCUGGUGGCCCAGGAAUGCCAGGACCAAGAGGACCCAACGGAUGCUUUGGUCCAGCUGGACCAAUUGGACCAGCCGGCCCCCCAGGACCUCCUGGUGCCCCUGGCUUAGCUGCUCCUCCACCACCUCCUUGCCCUCCUGUUUGUCAACAGUGGUCAUAUAUGAUCCAUCCACCUGCACCACCACCCCCACUCCCACCACCACCCCCACCACCAUGUCCACCAGCCUGCCCUCCACCAUGUUGUGCUCCUCCACCUCCACCAUGUUGCGGUUAGAUCGUUUCCUGGUUUAACAAAGCUAAGCAGGACAUUAUUGAAGACCUACAGAAGAAGCCACAUGUGUACUGGUUAAUAUAACUGCGUGCAUUAUUAGAAAGAUAAAUUUGAAGCCUGAGACAGGCAAAAAUGUAUAUGCAAUGCUUAUCAUAAAGCAGAGGAUUUUAGACAAAGUUUGCGUUGCCAAGCCUAUUCAGUCCGUCUAACGCUAGCAAACUAACAUAAUCAUUCAUUUUGUAUCGUUUUUCAGUUCCAUCUUUUAAAAAUUACUAGAUAUUUGUUUAUCUAUCAUUUGCUUCAGGUGUAAUCAAAAAUUAUAAAAGAAAUAUAAAAUGAAUCAA